AUGGGAAGAAGAUUCCGAGGCCCUCUCAGAAAGGUCAAAGAAAUCGAAGAGGAGACUGAACAAGAGGAAGGUGCUAGUGGCAAGACUGAUCAAACGAGCAACAACGGUUCUGGAAAGCAAGACGAGGAAGAGGAGGAGUACUAUGAUGACGAAGAGUAUCCGGAGGAUAAGUAUAGAUUGUUGGAGGAACGAAUGAAGGAUGUGGAAAUCCAGAAGAUACCAGGACUAGACUUUGAGGAACUAGGGCUCAUCUCAGGAGUCGUGAUCCCUCCAAAUCAUUUGCUAGGAAGUUCAUCAGCUGGCUUUACUGACUUAAUAUUGACUGGGGAACAUGUUGAAAGUGGCAUCCGAAGUGGGAAGAUUCAGGUGGCUACUUCUUCUGGCGUUACGAAGAAGCCCUAUAGUGGGAGGAUUGAAGCUAAUGCUGUGCACGGCCUGAAAGGUCGCAACAAAAAUGAUAGUAGCCAAUCUGUUGGAGCUGUCCUGAUUUCUACAUCAACAACUCAACAAAAUCGACAACAAGGAUACCAACACAGACAAGACGCGCCCAGAAGAAACUUCACAAAGAUCAAUAUGUCAUUAAAUCAGGCAUGGCAACACCUGUUGAAGGAAAAACUACUCGCACCAGUAGCUCCACCAAACAUCAAUACAUCUUCUCCUCGCUACGAUCCUAACGCAAGGUGUGCGUACCAUUCUGACUGCGUGGGGCAUGACACCAACAACUGUUGGACACUGAAACAUAAGGUCCAGGAUAUGAUUGAUGCUGGGGAAAUCGAGUUUGACCCUCCUGAGACUCCCAAUGUUAUCACUGCUCCUAUGCCAAAGCAUGACAAGGCAGUCAAUGUUGUUGACGAGAAUUCUUAUGUUACUGAUGUGAGGAGCCUGACCACUCCUCUCCCUCUUAUCAAGAAAAAGCUGUUGCAGGCCAGUUUAUUUCCGGGUUGUAUUGAAGACUGUUACUACUGUUCGUCUCAAUCAAAUGGUUGUGCAAUGUUGAAGACUGGCAUUCAACACUUGAUGGAUAAUCAAACAAUCUUGUUUGAAAGAAUGCCUUCUGUGGAAAAUUUGUGUGAAGAUCUAGCUCAGAAUUUGAAAUUCGAAGACGUGUCCGUGAUCUCUAAGACUCCUGUGAGAAUUCCUACCAAGGGCCCCAUAAGGAUUACUGCUGAGCCCAAGAUAGCUCUCUUGAUUAUUACCAAGCUUGGUCCAAUCCCGUACUCCUCUGACAAGGCUGUCCCUUGGAGCUAUGGCAAUGAUGUGUACAUCCAUGGUGUGAAACAAGAAACCUUGAAUGAUGAGCCCGUCAAAGUUCCCAAUCCCAACGUUGAAAAUAUCGUGGGGACCAGUAAGGUUACACGAAGCGGAAGGAUUUUCUCCCCGGAAAUCUCUCCAGAUGCCAAUACCUCAACUCAAAUUCCUGUUUCUGAUUCGACUGCUGAUGUGCGAGGAAAGGGACCAUUGCUGGAACCAGUUCAGACACCAGUUGAAGCUACUACUGAAGAAGUCUCCCAGAAAGAAAUGGACGAAAUUCUAAAGAUCAUUCAAAAAGUGAUUAUGAUGUGA